AUGGCCGUUGCCAAACUAUACGGCACGUUCGUCCUGCUAUUAUAUCUACAGGAAAUUUACGCGCAACAAGGCUUAAAUAACAAUCAAAAUGUUGGUGUUAAUAGUGGUAUCGGAUUCCAACAACAAGCGACGCAGCGGAUGAACACAAUGAAUAACGUAAACCAGAUACCGAACGGAGCAUUAAACAUAAAUGUGCCACAGCAAGGUAAUUUGCAACAAGCCAACGGUGGGAAUAUACAGCAGCAGCUGAGUCUCCCAGCCAAUUUGCAGCCGCAAGGCGGAUCCGGGUCACUUGCUAAUUUACAGUUUAACAAACAAGGACUGGCUCAGUUACCUCCAGGAUUGGUUAUCAAUCCAACUAGAUCACAGGCUAACUGUCCACAAAUCAAUAACGUUUGCAAUCAGAACACUCAAUCGUCGCAACAACAAAACAAUGUAAACGUGCCCUUUUCUAAUUCACUUGCGGAAUUAGCCGCCCUUAAGGGCCCUUCGUUGUUGUCCCUUUUAACAUCUCAAAUCAAUGGCCAGAAUCAAAACCAACCGAUGGCAAAUUUCAGUCCUACUCAGAAUCCAUUAACGGAUAUACAAAAACAGUUAUUGGCUCGUGCUAUUCAGGGGCCAAAUCAGCCCUGUAAUUUGAGUCCAGUACGCCCUAUGGUGGAGAGUAGACCAACUAUCACCAUCCAGGGACAACCGGCGCAACAGCCUCAAGCUAUAGUGACUCCAGUAGGGCAGCCACCUUACAUCGCAGUACAAGCUCAGCCUCUCCCAACAUACAUCCAGAACCAACCAGUACCAGUUCCAGUAACAGUAGUAGAAGAACCCUCAGCGUUAUCUUUCAUCCUCUCCGAUCUCCAACCAGAUGCUCAAUAUUUCUAUCCCCCUUACCAAUUACAGAAGAGGGAAUCGAAAUCGAACCUUAAAACUUUAAUACCGUUAAUAAUAGAUCUUUUGAAAGAGAAGAAUGCUUGUGGUUGCCGGAAUUGUGGAUGUCCUAACAAUAUACCGGAGCCUACGGUCCUUGGUGGUUACUCUAAUAUAGCGGAUAAUAGAGCAGGGAACAAGAAGGCAGACGAUGAAGAUGAAGAAGGCCAAAAAGAAAGCAAAGGAAAGAAAAAAUUAAAGAAGAACGUCGUUAAUAAUGAAAGUGAAGAAGCUUCAGAGGAAAAUGACUCCGAUUACGAAGAUGACAGCACUGGUGAUUAG